AUGGCGGAGGUCGAGGUUCCAGCGGCUGCGGUCGCGACGACGACCCCUGAGGCGGCGGCGACCGAGGGCGGACCCGCUACGGAGGUGAAGGGUCCGCACAAGCUGCACCGGCAGUGGACCUUCUGGUACGACAUCCAGUCGAAGCCCAAGCCCGGCGCUGCGUGGGGCACCUCCCUCAAAAAGGCCUACACCUUCGACACCGUCGAGGAGUUCUGGAGCUUGUAUGAUCAGAUUUUUUGUCCAAGCAAGUUGUCUGGGAAUGCUGAUUUUCAUCUGUUCAAGGCUGGAGUAGAGCCAAAAUGGGAAGACCCAGAGUGUGCAAAUGGUGGCAAAUGGACUGUUCCAUGCAACAGAAAGGCAACCUUUGAGAACAUGUGGCUUGAAACGUUGAUGGCUCUUAUUGGGGAGCAGUUUGAUGAAACAGAGGACAUUUGUGGAAUUGUUGCUAGUGUCCGUGCGAGAGGAGAUAAGCUCGCAUUAUGGACUAGGACUGCCAGCAAUGAAGCUGUCCAGGUGAACAUUGGCAAGAAAUGGAAGGAUGUCAUCGACUACAAUGACAAGAUCACCUACACUUUCCAUGACGACUCGAGAAGAGAGAAGCCGAGCAGAGGCGGACGGUACACCGUGUAA